AUGGAGCAAGUAUUGGAGACAAUGAAGGUGGAAGGGAUUGAGCCAGACGUCCAAAUUCAGGCACUCUUGGCUAAGCAUUACACCAAAGAUGGGCUUAAUGAAAAGGCUGAAACUGUAUUGAAGGAGAUUGAAGGUGAAAACUUGAAAGAAAAUCGGUGGUUAUGUGCAACAUUAAUUCGUCUUUAUGCAUACCUGGGAAAGGCCGAUGAAGUGGAGAGAAUUUGGAAGGUUUGUGAAUCAAAUCCUGGGGUUGAUGACUGCCUUGCUGCAGUUGAAGCUUCGGGAAGGUUAAAGAAAAUUGAUGAAGCUGAAUCAAUUUUUGAGAGGGCAUCAAAGAAAUGGAAACUGAAUUCCAAGAACUACUCAGUUCUUCUGAUGAUUUAUGCAAAUAAUAAUAUGCUAAAGAAGGGUGAGGAACUUAUUAAGCGAAUGGAAGAUAGUGGGAUGUAUAUAGGCUGUAUGACCUGUAAUGCACUUGUGAAACUGUAUAUCCAUGUCAAACAAAGUUCUCUUACUUACGCCUGCCACGUCAAUUACAAAAGGGGAUCCAGCGUGCCACGUCAAACACAGCCUAACGCCGUUGAGCCCAAUUUAAAGGUUGGGACCCAAUUGUUGCAAUUUUCAAAAAAUUUGGAUCCAAUUGAGAAACCGAAAAAAUAA